CGUCGACCUGACACCCUCGAAGAUCUACCUAUACAAACAACUAGAGCACAAGAUGGACCCAAACAUGGACGCGAUGAGUCAGGAUGCGGACAUGAUGGAAGAAGAGCCGGAGUACGCUUCGAGUAGCCAGGGUAGUUCGUCUCAGACUUCGACUCUGACCUGGAUCAACUGGUUCAUUUCGCUACCUGGCCAUGAUUACUAUUGCGAGGUCGACGAGGAUUACAUCGAGGACGACUUCAACUUGACCGGCUUACAAAGUCAAGUACCUUUUUGGAAAGAAGCGCUAGAGAUGGUCCUUGACGUAGAACCAGAAGAGGACACCCUCACCAUCCCCGACGUAUCCAUCAUCGAAUCCUCGGCCGAGCUGUUAUACGGGCUCGUUCACCAACGAUUCAUCCUCACCAAGGCCGGUCUCCAAGCCAUGGCCGAUCGAUUUGAACAGUCCGCCUUUGGAAUCUGUCCCCGAGUUUAUUGCCAAGGGCAGCCCGUCAUCCCCUGCGGUCGCGUAGAUACGCCGGGAAUCGAUACGGUCAAGCUCUUUUGCCCGAACUGCCAGGAUAUUUACGGUCCCAUGAGUACCAAAUAUAGCGGGGUCGACGGGGCCUUUUUCGGUACGACGUUCCCCACCCUCUUCUUCCAGACCUACCCAGCAUUCCUCUCCAUGCCAUUCAAGGGUUUCCCUCCGCCUCUCCCCAGCCCGACAUCGACAUCGGCCACUUCAGCCCAAACCCCUUCCUCAUCCGCCUCGACCUCUAGCAAAGCCGAUGCGAACACCAACCCAUCGCCCAUCGGCCCCCCUGAACCUCAAACCAACCCGGACCCCUAUGGAGGUCAAAAACUUCCUUCAUCCGGUCAAUACGUCCCGAGAAUAUACGGCUUCAAGGUCUCCGAACGAGCUCGAAGCGGACCCCGGAUGGCUUGGUUGAGGAAUCGACCGGACGAGUACGACGAUCUCGCCAAGGUCGAUUGGAGGGGACGUUGGCUCGGAUCGAGAGCGCAGGCAGAAGAAGGGAGAGGAGGUUCGGUGGUGAUCGAGAAAACGGGGGAGUCUGGAGCGUUGUUUGAAGAGGACGAGGUGCUCGUCAAGUCGGAUAACGAAGAGGAAGAGGAGGAAGAGCAGUAGUUGGCGAAAGGGAGUCGUGUACCAUAUACUUUUACACUUUCUGGGGUUAAUAUGUAGAUGUUUAACGAAUUGAAGGAUUCCACUUGGGUGUUGGAUGUCUGGUAUAUACAGUGAGGUCAAUCGGAAGUUCGCGUACCGAUCUGCAGCUCUCAAUGAGUUUCAGUGACCGCAAAGGGG